GAUAGAGAACGGGGACGUGCUGCGCAGAUGUGUGCGAAGAAGACAGCAUAGGUUUUAGUGAGAACAGGAAUAGCAUUUGAGAGGGAGUCACGAACUGCUGAGGCACCAAAACACGAAAGAUGUCGUUUGCCAAUGACAAACUGUACAAAGGAUACUUGCGGCGGAAAAUGCCAGCCAUUGUGAGCACGGUGAAAGUGAGAGAAAUAGUGACCUAUCUGCCUUGCUUGACUGAUCACGACAGGGAAAACAUAGACGCCAAAAGAGAGACUUGUGGGAACUAUGACAGCAUGGUGCUUCUUCUGGACUGUCUAAAGAGAAGAGAAAACUGGCCGGAGCAAUUCAUCGAAGCACUUGAGGCGUGUGAACAGCCAACUAUAGCAGCUGAGAUUAGAGCAGAAUACAACGCUCUGAGAGGCAUCAACAAUUCCAACCCCAGCUCCCCUUCAACGACUGUCGUCAGGGCACACGUCCAUCCAACACCAUCUGUCAGUCAUCUGUCCAUCCCAGAGAGUGGUGCAAACAGUCAGGUUGCUGUUGCUCCGCCAGCUGAAGCAUCAGCUCCUCCAGAGCCAGCUGCCCAGGCCUCACCCCCUCUGGAAAUCCCUUUGCUGCCACAAGUCCCCCAGAUCUCAGCAGCCCAAGUUCCUGAGGCUGUUUCUCCACCCGAGCCUGUCCCUGAGCCUCAACAGCCAACUCAGGUUGAAGUGGCACCUCCCCCAUCAACACCUCCGCCUUCCCCUGAAACCAAACACACUCAGGCGACUACAACCCCACCGCUUCAACGGGAGAUUAAUUCUCACCAGGAGCCGGUGGAAAACUCCGAAUCAGACAUCCAGGAUAUCUCUGGUGAUAAUGAUGUGAUCCCUGAUCAGGUGAGCGCAGGAAACGGCAAGGUAUCGAUCAACUCUGUGGCCACUCCUCGACCAUCCCGUCCUGGCCCAGAUCCUCACCAAACAACAACAACAUCCACACAGGUCAGGCCACCACGGAGUCCCUCUCCAACUCAGAUAAACUCAGAUGUGACCGAUGGAUCCUCUUUCCCCAUGAUGACCCCAGAGAAGCCUCCAGUCCAGGACACCACCCCUCCAGGGGACAAAAAAUCUGCUGCUGUCCUGCAGCCUGAAGAGACUUCUGAACCUCCAGCUACACAGGUUGUUGAAAGCAGCCCGCAGACAGAAACUGAAACUACAACCUCCCCCCUGCCUGGUGCUGCUGGGAUGGACGCCUCUCUCUUUGAUGACAACACUCUGUGUCUGAGCAAGCCAGGCCAACUCAUCAGCAUCCAUGCUAACAUUCAUAACAGCCCUACUAUCCCCGCACCCAGCCAACUGGUGGAGCCCUACUCGGGUAAUAGUGAGCGUCUGGAAAUCAGCGAUGCUGCUGUGACCUCUACCCACGUCUCUUCAUGCUCUGCUGUCAGCUCCGCCACUGUGAAUACAAUCUCUGCACUGCCAUGCCUGGAGAACGGCAUUGCUCUUAGCCAUAACGAACCGGAGGAAAACCACUACGACUCUCCUUGUCAGAGUUUGGAAAUGCAGGAGGUGCUGGAGAACGUGGGGCACAUAUCCGAGGAGCCGUCUAUCCUUAACCUAGACGGCCAAAGCUCAACCCCACAAGUUCAAAUCAUCAACGGAGAAGCAGAUAAAGAGAUCACCUCUGCACCACCACUAUCCACGAGCACUGCUGAUACUGUAUCGAGUGUAAACACCCCCUCCAGUGAGUACUACCACCCCUCUGAGCCUGCACCAGCUGAUAGUUCACCAGAGACACUGCAGGAGGAGAAGACGGCCUCUCGCGCCCUGCCAGCUAAUACAAAGUACAUUCUGACCGCUGCAGGAGUGGGCGCCUGUGCACUGCUGAUUGCGUGGAAGUUUAAGAAUUAAGGGGAUUUAAUACAUAUAAAGGAAGAGAAGAUUAGGCUUUAAGGCAUGCUAAGGAGAAUCUUAAGGGUACACCUGCCUGGAAUGGCGUGAGGCAGCUGUUUAAUAAUUACCUAUAGUAAUAACAGCUGACUUACCAGACCUUUGAUCAUGUCAUUAAUUACAAGUUGGACUGUGUUUUAUCAUUUGUUGAAUGAAGUUGACCCUAGUGAGCAAAAACCAAAUCUGCCCUUCUUAUUGUAGUUAUGGAACUGGGUUGAGAUCUCAGGUUAUUUAUGCACCAGUGCUGUGUAUUAAUGAUAGAAGUAUUUGUAUGUUCACUUGUCUGAUCAGCACUUUCUAGAUAAGACUGUUGGCUGUCAUCCAGUGAGGAUUAGUGUACCAAGGACCUGAAUUUUACUGAAUGUGGAAGAAAGUACCAGCAUCACGCUUGGUAAAUUAUCUUUUUGUGUUAAUAGUGGGAAAUGGUGCUGUAAAUGAUGGCUAGUGCACUGUCUGUAUUUAUUUGUACAUAUAUAUUUCCAAUUUAUAGGUAUCCAAUUAUGUAUUUUAAGAAAGGCUCAUGUCAAAAACAUUCACAAGGAAUCCAUAGUGUCUCAGAAAUUCAGCAUAGCACUCAAAGAAUCAGUCAGCUAAACCCUUCAUAAUUAAAUUACAUACUUUGCAAAUGUGUCUAGUUCAUAGUCUAGACCAGCUGCUCCCAAACUUUUUUAAAACCAUGGCACUCCUUGAUAGGGAUUUUUCUUUCAUAGCACUGACUGUCCCGUUUUCUUAUUGACCUGGAAGUCGUGUUGUGUUAAACACACAGUAUGUCCUCUCUAUCGCUAGGGAUCUCUCACAUCAAAACAAUAACAAAAGAUGUAGUUUGAUGACGCCGUGAAGUAGUGUGGGAUCAUGGGAGUUGUUGUGUUCACCACCAUUGCUGUCAUUGCAGUCAGCUUCUCCCGGUUAGGAUUCCUUCAGUGUUAAUCGUUCAGGAGGUUUUUACCAGGAGCUGAAUUUUCAGCAGAAGUCUCUCCUUCAAAACAAACGGACCAGGUGAUUAAAACCGGUAAAAACACUGAAUAAAGCAGACACAAAGCGGACACAGGACGUUCCGGGUGGGCUGCGGGCCGAGCCGCCGCUAACGUUUCCUCAGCAUGUUUCUCUGAUAACUUAAGAUCCAGACGUCAGAUGACUAAAAUCCCUCAACCGGUUAAAACAUAUAGUUACAAAUGACCAACAUCUAAAAGGUUUAUGUAAAAAUGUGGCUUAAAUCUGGAUGAAAAAAAUCUAUACAGAUUCUGGCUGACACACACGCAAAGGGGAUAUGACGCCAUUGACAGGCGACCAAAUGAAACGCACCGUUACCUUCAUUAAAAUUACGUAUUUCUUUAGGUUUGAAAAUUGUUGGAAACAUUUGGGAUAAUAGAAGUACACAACUCUACAAAAUAAAUAACAGGUUUAGUCGGUUUAGACAUUUGAAUGCAGAAAAGUUGCAUAUUAUAUCUUUAAUAUGACAAGUGGCAACUGUGAGGAUUAAUGUCAUGAGCUGCAUAUUAAACUGGGUUUUGAAAUGGCGAUUUUUGUGCUUAUUGCAUAUUUCUUCCGUUUGGAUGUUUGAAAUGUAUUAUUAUUAUAAAAAUGUAGUUAGUAUAAACAUCACCUAGUUUUUUAUGCAAUGAGAUCAUGUUAAAAAUGCAAUAAAAAAUUGGAAAUUAGCAAAUCUUGCUGCUCCACUUGAGGCACCCUCUUUAACCACUGGUCUAGACAAGUGACUGUGUGCGUUCUGGAUAUCAUCUGAUGACAUUUAAUUUUUCCAUAGGGUUUCUUCUCCUUAAAAUAGAAAAACGUUUGACAGUGUCAUGUUCUGUGAGAUGAGUAUUUACUGUAAAUAGCAGUCAGUACAAGAAAUGUUGGGGGGGGGGCGCGGUUGCACAUUUUAAGGAUAUUUGAGCCGCAAAGACACUUUGUGGAUGAAAUGUAUUCUGAUAUGUAAAUUGUAAUCUUAGUUUAAGUUUUAGCUCAAUUUGUAUGCACUGUCUCUAGCUAUGCUUGGCAAUCACAUCAAUAAACCUGAAAUUAUAAAAAAAA